UUUAAUCUAACUGGCAAUUCUUUUUUUUUUUUUUUCUUUUCACUCCGAAACUGAGACUGAGGAACCAAAACCCUAAAAAAUUAACAAUUCUCACACAAUUUUCCCUCCCUUUCGCUCUCGCUUUCCCUCGCUUUCCCAAUUUCUUUUCUCUCUCACCCUCUCUACCUCAUGAAAUGGGAAAUGGAAAUCGACGAAGUCGAAGCGGUCUUAGAAAAGAUCUGGGACCUACACGAUAAGCUCAGCGACGCCAUACACUCGAUUUCCCGAGCGCACUUCCUUAAUUCCGUCACCUUCCAAAGGAAAUCCGACAAGAAGAAGCUCUAUGCCACCAACGACGUCGUUUCCGAUGAGAAUCGCGGCGGGUUCGUCUAUGCCAAGGAAUUCCGAGCUGCUGCUGACGAUGAUAAUUGCGCAAUCCAGGAAGCCAAGAGCCUCAAUGCGAUUCGUACCGCUCUCGAGAACCUCGAGGAUCAGCUCGAGUUUUUCUAUACUAUACAAGUUCAGCAGCGGGCAGAAAGAGAUGCUGCAAUUGCUCGAUUAGAACAAAGCCGCAUUGUUCUUGCAUUAAGAUUAGCUGAACACCAUGGAAAGAAGUACCAAGUCAUUGAGGAAGCUUUAGCUUUUGUGGGAGAUGUCCAUGAUGCAAGAUGCUUUGACAAGUUUCAUGGUCCGUCAUUUAGUCCAUCUGGUGACAAGAUGGCGACCAAUGGAGUAAAGAGGUCUAAUAUUGUGAGCAAUGUUCUUGUUUCAAGUUUUAAUUUUGCGAAAAAACUCCUUAAAUUGGAUGACAUGGGUUCUAUAAUGGGAAAUGCAGCUUUAUAUGCAAUUAGUAUGAUUGCAUUGCUGCACCUGCAUCAGGUAGCUAAUAAGAAGCACGAAAACAACAUCUAUGUCAACAGAAAGGCAGUAAUAACUUCCGGGUCACAAGAGGCUUCAUCCAAUGAUCGUUUGAGCAACUUGGAUGUGCUAUUGGCUAGGGGUUAGCGUGGAAUCUGGUAUUUUUUUAGCUAUUAGUCGAACAAUAGGACCCCAUAUGGUACAAUCAAGAACAGCCGCUUUGUUUUCUCUGGUGUUUCUUCUUCCCACGAAUUGUUGUUGGGUUUGGGUAGUAUCACAAUGGGUGAACCCCUAGGUUGAUACUGUAGUUGAGGUAUGGACUGUUCUAGAUAUUUAGUUAUUUACAGGUUGUUGAAAGCUGUUCCUUUGCCCCAUGAAAUUCAUUUUGUACAUACCAGCUCCUGAUGUUAUCUGUAUGUGAACGACCAUCUUUGGUUAGCAUAUAAAUUUCAUCUAUUUCCAAGUGGUA